ACGAGGUGCAGUGACAAGCUCUGUAAUUGAUCAAAAGCUCAAGACGAUACCGACCAGAGGCAUCACCGAAUUUGAACCGAAUCAGUUCAUGGUGAAAGGUCGCCAUGUUGUCGGCCUUUCGCGCGCAGCCCAUCUAUGAGCUCAAACAACAAGACAAGUCCAAGAUCGAGUCGGUCUUAGCAUAUGGCGACCGACUUCUUGUAGGCCUCAGUACAGGCACGCUCCGUAUAUACCGCGUCAACGAAGUACCCGAGACAAGCCCAGAUGCGACACCGUCAAAGACACGCGCUGUCGACCUUGUGCGGGAGGAAGAGAAGUUCUCAAGAAGAGCAAUCCAACAAUUGGCAAUCAUCAAGGAAGCGAACAUACUCGUCUCGCUGUCCGACGGUCAUGUCUCAAUACACGACCUUCAGACGUUCCAAUUGCAGGAGAAGCUGGACAAGACCAAGGGCGCAACUGCUUUCGCCGUAACCUCGAAUGUCAUCAAAGACCCCGUCACCGAUAUUCCGUCGCUCGUAUCACGUCUGGCUGUUGCUGUCAAGCGUCGUAUUCUCUGGUGGAGUUGGCAAGAUAUGGAAUUGUCCCCUGAGGUUCAAGAGAUAACAUUACCACACUCUCCCAAGUCACUACUAUGGGCUACUGGAACAAAGAUGCUGGUUGGUCUGGAUCCCGGGUUCUCAAUCAUUGAUAUUGAGACUUUAGCUGUGGCAGAUGUCAUCAAACCUACACCGACCGGCAAUGUCAGAUUUGGUGCUGUCAGUUCGUCGGGCAUGGGCUAUAUGGGAAUGGGAAGCUGGGUUCCGAAACCCAUGGCAACAAAUCUAACAAACAACAAAAUGCUUAUUGCGAAGGAUGUCAACACUCUGUUCAUCGACACAGAUGCGAAGCCUGCCGAUAAACGUCAAAUACCAUGGGCAUUCGCUCCUGAAGCCCUAGGAUACUCUUACCCCUACUUACUCUCACUACAACAGACCGCGAAGGGAGCUUUGGAUGUCAGAAGUCCCGACACACUGAACCUAUUACAGACCAUCCCUCUACCAGGCGCUUCAAUACUUCAUGUUCCUCAGCCCAAUAUCAGCUUGGCGCAUGCUGGUAAAGGCUUUCUUGUUGCUAGUGACAGGUGUAUCUGGCGUAUGGUUGCUCUGAAUUAUGAGGCUCAGGUCAGCCAGCUUGUCGAGAAGACAAAAUUCGAUGAGGCCAUCAGUCUUCUCAACAUGCUGGAAGAUACACUUCUCAAGGACAAACAGGGUUCGAUCAGAGAGAUUAGCAUGCUCAAAGCCCAGAACCUGUUCUCUCAACAGAAGUAUAGACCAGCGUUGGAUCUGUUUACCGACGUUUCUGCUCCGCCAAAGCGUGUUGUUUCACUAUAUCCGAAGUCCAUCGCUGGUGAUCUCUCGACUAUUGAAGAGCCUACGGAGCUUACUGAUACGGAUGAGCCUUCUGGAGAGACUAGUGCUGCGGAGGAAAACUCGUCGCAAACGGAAGAUCAGGUCAAGAACACACCAACUCCUACAAAAUCAGUAUUGGGCAAGUUCAAGCCAUCGGCGGUUAAGGAUGAUUCUGAUACUGCAUCCAUUCGCUCUUUCCGUACGACGAGUGAAGCUCCUCGCGAAAAGCCUGCAAAGGAUGCGCCAUUGACUGGAUCUGAUUUGAAAGCUGCCGUCAUGGCAUUAUGUUCAUACCUAGCUCAAUCUCGUGUUCAAGUCCAGCGACAUAUGAACACGGAUGGUACACUCAAGGUUGAAUUGACCGAAGGUACUACGCCAUCAUUCAGCAAUCUUAUUGAGCUUCCUGAAGGUGCCGAGAAUAUCGAUUGGAAAGCUGAGUUGUUGGAAGUCGCUAAGCUGGUCGAUACUACCUUGUUCCGCGCCUACAUGCUCGCUCUGCCGUCACUCGCUGGACCACUAUUCCGCCUUGACAACUUCUGCGACCCUCUUGUUGUUGAAGAGAAGCUCUACGAAAGUGGAAGAUACAAUGACCUUAUUGACUUCCUUUAUGGCAAGAAGCUGCAUCGUGAAGCCUUGGAAUUGUUAGAAAAGUUUGGUCGUAAUGAGGCCGCAGAAGAGGUCAUGCCAGCUUUGAGAGGACCAGACAGGACCAUCGGAUAUCUGCAGAAUUUGCCUGCUGAACUCAUCGACAUCAUCCUGGAAUUCGCGGAGUGGCCAAUAAAGGUUGAUUCGAAAAAGGGUAUGGAGAUAUUUGUUGCAGAUACUAAGAACGCCGCAAAUCUGCCCAAAGACAAGGUGUUGAAAUUUCUUGUUCCAUUGGACAAGUCGCUUGCAGUGCAAUAUCUGGAGCAUGUCAUUCUUGAACUCAACGACAAGACGCCGGAGUUCCACCAGAAACUGGUCGAUUUGUAUUUGGAGAAACUACGAGACAGAGAAGGAAGCAGCGAUGAAGAGCGAAACCAAGCUCGGACGAAGUUGGAAGAGUUUUUGCGUAACAGCACGCAAUACCAUAAACUCAAGACUUUCAACCAGCUGCCUGCUGAUGAUCCCGAUGUUUACGAAGCUCGUGCGAUCGUCCUUUGCGCCAUGGGUAACCACAAGCAAGCUCUCCAGAUCUAUGUCUUCCAGAUCCAAGACCACGAAAAAGCAGAAGAAUAUUGCAACAAAAUUUACCUCUCGACUUCGACAUCGCCAGCGCCCGUCGGCUCAAACCCCAACACCGGCAGCCAGACCUACGAAAAGAGUAGCAUGUCCACCGAUCCCGAGGACCAGCAGCCGAACGUCUAUACUACAUUGCUGUCCCUCUACCUCAAACCGCCAUCACCGCACAAAGUGCAAUGGGAGCCUGCACUGCAACUUCUCUCGAAACACGGUCCCCGCCUUCCUGCAGCAAACACACUAGAUCUCAUGCCCUCCGACCUCCACGUCAGCGAAUUGAACUCCUACUUCCUCGGCCGCAUCCGCAGCGCCAACACCGUCGUCCGCGAAGAACGCAUCAUCACAUCCCUCCAAGCCAUCCUCAAAACCAACCUCUCCUCUGACUUGCUUCUCGGCCCUGAACAUGCUCAAGGUAAAGGUGGAAGAAGUAGAAGGGUGGUGAUAAGAGAAGACGACCAUUGUCGCGUCUGUCAUAAGAGAUUUGGCAAUUCGGCUGUUAGGGUGUAUCCGGAUAACGAGGUCAUUCAUUAUGGGUGUGUGGGGAGGAGCGGUGUGCAGAGGAUGAAGGCGGGACAAGGCCAAGGGUUGCAAGGGUUGAGGGUAUUGCCUUGGGGGUAGAUCGGGGGAUAUGGGAGGGAGUGGAAAGAGUGUAAGUUAGGAAGAUACCCAAAUGCAGUUUUUGAUACUUUUGAUGGGUUUCGUACCCGUGCAGGAUGUUGUGAUGCAAGCCAGUUAAGUCGAUGUCUUUGUCGAAACUACUGAUGUUGAUGAUCUACGCGCGCACGGCGUGUAUCUUUGGGAUGUUCAGUUAGGGUAUUGAUGACUAGAUACGACUUGUAAGACUACAUCAAUAUCUGCAGUCUAAUCAACAGUGGAGC